AUGUCGCGGUCCUCACGGACACUCCCGACCCAUCUUCUUCCUUUCUCCUGUUCAAUCCUUGAAUCGGCCAGCACAGCAUCUUUUACCCUCGAGCGCGACGUUCUCGCGAAGCUACUACACCACAUCUUGCGCGCCGGCCGCAUAUGCCGUGAUUCCUCGUCAAGGCUGGCUCCUCGACGGAAUGCAUCUCCUCCGCCUUACACUCCCGCCGCUGAGUCGCCCGACGAGCCAGACCUAGAUCUUGUCCGGACGACUACGCUCCCUGACCUCACCCGACCAACUGCCCAGUCUCCCGCAGCGCAGUUCACCAAAAAAGUGGCUUCCGCCGCGGACUCGAACGUUCCGCCCUCACCAACCUCCUCUACGCCCCAUACCCCACUCAGCAGCGAUGCUGGCCAGGCUGCUCCCUCACCGCUUCACCCACGGGUGGCUGUUAUUCUGGGUGUAGACCGCAGGUGGUAUAUCCCGCUGCUGGUCUGCCGGGCGCUGAGCACAGUGCCCGCUGCGUGGUGGGGGUUGCGAUGCGCGUUUACCUUUUUGGCGGAGCUGUUGCACAUUCGGCCGGGGAUGGGGCGUGAGGGGUGGGCGGCGGCGAUUGUCGGGAGUGUAGGACAGGAGUGGGAUGUUGAAAGGAGAUUUCGGGUUACGGAGGUAGCUUUGGCUAUUAUGUGGUGCUGUGCAUCCGCAUAUCUAUCUUAUUUCUUUGCUGAUUGUAUGAUGUCUCGAUGGCUUUUGAACUACACCCCUCCAGCUGUUGUUAUCCGCCUUUUAACAACAAAUGGAUUGAUUGCAUACAUAAGUUCUUGGGUCCUCUAUCUUUCCGGUGCAUCUUCUGAUCCACGGCUUCUAUUACCAGCCUGGAUAUCUAUCACCACGUCCCUCACAUUUGUCUACCACGCAACCCAAAACCACGCAAUGAUAAAACGCGAAACGGCAGCGUCUUUACUAGUCGUCUCCGUAGCAAGUUUCCUCAGCAUGUCUUCACUUCUACUUCAACUGCAUUUAACCCGCGAAAACGAGCCCGAAGUCCCCGUCUUCGUGAUCACGCGCAAACUUUGGGACUGGGCCGUUGCUAUCUUUCUACGCAUGCGCGUUGCUGAUACCCGCGUUGCUGGAGAACUUUGA